AUGAACAACCCACGCCGACAACCAAACCCCAACGCUCCCCACCCAUCCACUUUCCUCUGGGCCCACGAGCUACGACGCGAAAACAUCCAACUCGUGAACCAACUCAACCGCAUCAGAGCCGACUCCGCUGUUGCCGAUGAUACCAUAGCGAAUCUGAACCACAGACUGGAAAGUCUAGAACUGCGAGCACGCGAGGAAAAUUCCAAGCUAGAGAAUAGCCUCAAGGAACUUGAAGCUCGAUUCGACACUAAUCUACGAACUGGUAUUGAGCGGGUUGAGGAGCUUGAGAAUGAGAAUCGUCGCCUACGGGGUAGGAUUGAGGGGUUGGAGAGGCGUGCUCGUGAACAAGAGAGAAUGGAGGAGGGUAUUCGCGUGAGGGUGCUGGAUGAAGUGAAAGAUAUGAUGAUGAUGGAACGGGGAGAGAGUGGUGUGAAGGUGGAGCUGGGAAUUGGAAUGGGGAGAGGGGGUAUUGCCAAGGCUUGUUCUGCUGGGUCUGAUGUUCUUGUUCCGGAUUCAAUGCCUAUGGGUUCGGUUUCUGGUGGUGGUGGUGGUGGUGGUGGUGGGAGGAGGAGUGGGCUGUCGUCGACGCUUUCUGAUACUACGUGGGGGACGCCUUCCUCGGUGGGUGAGAAGAUUGAGGAAGUUGAGACGGAUUUGAUUGGUGUUCUGAAGCAGGGUGGGAGAUCGUUGGCAGAUUAUUUGGCUGCUGCUGAGGGGAUGCGAUGUGGAUUGCAGGCACAGAGGGAUGAGAGUGAGGUUGUCAGAGCGGUUGUGCGAGGUCUUGGUGACUCUGGUAUCCAGGCUUUUAUCGAGGAAGAGAUAAGCCACGUUGGGUGGUCUUGGAGUGCUUUGAGGGCCGUCAUGCUGAAGGUUAUUCGAGACAGGGAAUUGCCUAUACAGGAGCCAGUCAAGGAAAACGAAAUGUCUAAUGAAAAUGUCAAAGUCGAGCCGACAAGUGUUCCGCAAGUCCAGCGCAAAAGGCCGAGAACGAGGAGAUACAUACCCAUUGUACCGGCUGAUGAAGAGGACGAACGCAUUGUUAUGGAAUGGUAUCGCCAUUGA